AAAGAGAAGGACAUUUCAAGAGAAAAGGAAACACAGAAUCAGAACAUCACACUGGAUUGUGAAGGAGCAGCCACCAAGAUGAAGAUUCCUGAUAAUAAGCAGAGGAGACUUUCUCCCCUCAGGCUAUCCAUUUCCAAUAACCAGGUAUUAAAGCAAAAAUUACUAGAUGGUCAGAUUUACAAACCAGAAGAUUCCCUGCUUUAGAGUAAUUCUUAAAAAUCUUACAAGUUAUUGGAAAGAGUUGUUCUUUGUGAAUUUUAGUGUUGGAUUAGCCACUUAAAGUAUGUAUGCUAUUUCUAGUUCUCUUGAAAUGACUAGUUGUUUUUUAAAGAUAUUUUGGUUCUCUUUAACCAGCUGCUUCUCUCACUGAAAUGUCUCAACAUAAACCAGAAAUUCUGCCUCCUAAUGCAGAUCUGUGGUGUAAAAGCUGCACGCCAUGCCUCAAGAUCCCAAAACCAUCCUGAAGCAGUGUUAGUCACACGUAUGUUGUCCCCACAAUUCUGAUGUUUUUAGCCACACUUACAAAUUGGCUUGCUUCCAUAACAAUUUCUACUACCAAGAUUUCAGCCCAAAAAAGAUCUUCUGGUCUCUCACUAAUAGCCUCCAUGUACCUGUUGUAUGUUUUUGUGUAGAUUGAACACUGGCAUAAAGAUGGUAAACAGGUAUUUAUUGAGUAUGGAUGGGAAUGGGGGUUCUAGUGAGGUAUCAGAGGUCUUGGUUAUAGGUUUGGUUGUCUUAGUUUAUUGGCAUAGAAGAGCAGGUAAAUGAGAAAGUAAUGAAUUUCACAGAUCCUAAUUUGGAAGGAGCCGCACACAGCAAUUAGUAAAGAGAAAUUAUACGAAGAAAUCAGAGAUAUACCAUAAUGAUGGAUUGAUUUUUGUUGUUUUUUGAGGGAGGAGAGAAUUGAUUGUGAGUCUGAGAGUAAAUAUUUGAUGGAAUUAUGAGGGUAAUUUGAAGGAUGAAAGAGAGUUGUGUAAGGUGUGGGGUUACUUGGUGGGAGCCAUUUUCAAAAUUCUCUCCAUCUGCCUAGAGAGUAAUAAAGGGAACCAUCGUGGAGGAAGGGAUGAGUGAUGGAGAUCAGGGAAUUGGUGAUGAAUAUGCAAUUGAUUUUGUAAAAAUUUUUCAUAAAGUUUACAUUAGUCUUUUUCAUGGGGUACAGUAGACUGACCUACCCAAACAGCUAACUUGCUUUAGAAUGCUUCUGGGGUCAUAAGGGCUGGCAUGUGAUUUCUACAGGAGUAGAGCUACAAAGGCAGUAUAUUCAAACUGCAGUUUUACAGGUAAGUUACUUUCCUUUUUCCAGCCAGGUUGCCACUAGCAAUAACUGGUAUUUGGAACCUGCUCCUGGGCACACAGAAGCCUAUGUAAUUUUUAUAACAAUUGUCACAGGCGCGCUAAAAGUUUGUCAACCUAGAAGAGGCUCAGUAAAAUAUAAGCACAUCUGAUAUUUAAAAAAGCAGUUCAGUCAGCCAAAAUAACGCCUUAUGUAUGUAUUUUGUUUAGUUGUUUUAGUGCUGUGCUCAAGAAUUGUACUGUUAAUUUCCACUUUAUAGCAGUUUUAUUAAGGAACGAAUGUAAUAAUUUCAACUUUAUUUUUAAGGCAACCACAUCUAAGAACAAAAGGUAGAAUGUUGGUAACAGAUCAAUUAUUAUUGACUCUGCUUUAACUUUUUAAUUUUCUGAAUGUUAUCCUUCUAUUGUAAGAGACCUGAAAAACCCAGAAGCAUUCCCACACCAAGCAUUUUUCAGUAUUUAUUAAUCGGAUCUCUUUUGUGUUCCCUAUGGAGCCAGAUUUUAUUGAUGAUAUAGAAGAAAAAACUCCUAUUAGCAAUGAAGUAGAAAUGGAAUCAGAGGAGCAGAUUGCAGAAAGGAAAAGGAAGAUGACAAGAGAAGAACGGAAAAUGGAAGCUAUUCUGCAAGCUUUUGCCAGACUAGAAAAAAGAGAAAAAAGAAGAGAACAAGCUUUGGAAAGAAUCAGCACGGCUAAAACAGAGGUUAAAUCAGAAUGCAAGGAAGCACAGAUUAUCAGUGACACAGAGUUUAUUCAGGAAUCAGCAAAAGAGGAAACUGCCACCAAGCCAACCCCUGCCAAAGUUAAUAGAGCUAAACAAAGAAAAAGUUUCUCUCGGAGCAGAACACAUAUUGGACAGCAGCGUAGACGACACAGAACUGUCAGCACGUGUUCAGAUAUCCAGCCGUCUUCUCCGGAUGUGGAAGUUGCUUCACAACAGAAUGAAACUGAGAACACUGCACUUGCAGCUGAGCCUGAAACAGAAACUACUAUUGCAGAAAUAGUUACUGAAACAGAAGCUCCAGCACUUAAUAAAUGCCCUGCUAAGUAUCCUAAAACAAAGAAGCACUUGGUCAGUGAAUGGUUAAGUGAGAAGAUUGAGAAGACAGGAAAGCCUAUAGACAGCCUUUCAGAAAGGCCUCUGCGUAUAACUACAGACCCUGAAGUUCUAGCUACACAACUGAAUUCUUUACCAGGUCUCACUUACAGUCCACAUGUAUAUUCUACUCCUAAGCACUAUAUUCGUUUUACUUCACCGUUCCUUUCAGAAAAAAGGAGGAGAAAAGAACCCAUGGAAAACAUUACUGGCUCUUGCAAGAAGCGUUGGCUGAAGCAAGCUUUGGAAGAAGAAAACUCAAUAAUGAUAGACAGAUUUAAUUCUCCAUCUCAAGAAAGAUCUAGAAGUCCUGUGAUCAAUGGUGAAAAUAAAAGUCCAUUAUUAUUGAAUGACAGCUGUUCCUUACCAGAUCUAACAACACCACUAAAAAAACGAAGACUCUAUCAGUUAUUGGAUUCUGCUUAUUCAGAAACCUCCACACCUACUCCUUCUCCAUAUGCCACGCCAACUCAUGCUGAUACCACUGCCACAGACCCAUCAUUGUUUGCUACUCCUCCUAGGAUAAAAGCAGAAGAUGAAACUUGUAGGAAUGGUUACAAACCCAUAUAUUCACCAGUUACCCCUGUGACUCCAUGUAUACAUGGAAAUGCCAUGCACUUUGAGAAUAUUUCCUCACCUGACAGUUCCCCAGAAAUUAAGAGGCGAGCUUACAGUCAAGAGGGAUAUGACAGAUCAUCCACAAUUCUAGCACUAAAUUCUUUCAGAAAUUCCAGUCUGACAGAAAUGGGCCUGCAAGAAAUAAAGACUAUUGGAUAUUCUAGUCCAAGGAAUAGGACCGAUGUCACCAGGCAGUGCACUGGAGAAAAGGAAUCUGUAUCAGACCUUCAGUUGGGACUCGAAGUAAUUGAGCAAAGUACACUGCAUAAAAACUUGGAAGCCCCCUCACAUGAUAGGACUGAUUCUAACAGCCAACUAGAAACUGCUCAGUGUGGUCGGGGUACAAUUUAUUCUACAUGGGUAAAAAGCCCAGACAGGACAGGUGUAAAUUUUUCAAUGAAUUCUAAUUUGAGGGACUUGACACCUUCACAUCAAUUGGAAGUAGGAGGUGGAUUCAGAAUAAGUGAGUCAAAGUGCCUGAUUCAAGAUGAUGCAAGAGGCAUGUUUAUGGAAGCAUCUGUUUUUUGUACGUCAGAAGAUGGAAUUGCAUCUGGCUUUGGAAGGACUGUCAAUAACGACAUCUUGAUGGAUGGAAAUUGCACACCCCAGAAUCCUCCACAAAAGAAAAAGGUGUCUUUAUUAGAAUACCGAAAGAGACAACGAGAAGCUAGAAAAAGUGGUUCCAAGACCGAGAGCUUUUCUCUGGUUACCGUAUCUCCUCAUGCUGCUGGUGGAGGAAGUAUAAGCAGUAACAAUGGUGCUAAUGAUGGGUAUAACAGUGGUGAAAACGGGGAGCAAAUUGAUAACACUGCUAACCUACCUUUACCAUUGCCAGCUACUGUUUAUAAUACAACUCCAGAAGAAGCUGGCAACAACUGUCCAACUAAAGAAGCUUCUUCCAGUGAGAAGAAUGAACCAGAAGUUCAAUGGACUGCUUCAACUUCAGUGGAACAAGUGAGGGAGCGAAGUUAUCAAAGAGCUUUACUUCUCAGUGAUCAUAGGAAAGACAAGGACAGUGACCCUGAUCCUGAAAAUCCAGAAUCCACAACUGAAUGUCCGUCCCCAGAUACUUCUCAAAAGACUUGCAAGAGUCCUUCAAAAGCAAGCAAGCCUUCUUCACCUGGUCCUGUAGUUUCAGCGCAAUCAAUUGGGAGAACACCCACAAAACCAGAUUCUCACUGGGAAACUGCAGUUAAUGCUCCAGAGGCUGAGAAUGCGAAUCAUCCAAAAUCUGAGCUGCAACAAAAACAACUGACAAAUAAUGUCCAAGUACUUUCAAAAACUCACCCAUCUCAGUCGCAUUUGCGUAGUUCAACAGAGCAACUUUCCCAUUCACAAAAGCUGCCUUCUGCACCUUUGAAACUGCACUGUCCCCCUUCACCUCAUGUAGAAAAUCCUCCAAAGUCAUCUACUCCUCACGCACCUGUACAGCAUGGUUAUCUUUCACCAAAGCCUCACUCACAGCAGUUAGGAUCUCCGUACAGACCUCAUCAUCCACAGUCACCUCAAGUUGGAACACCUCAGAGAGAAACACACCGAAGUUUUUAUCCAGCAGCACAGAACCUUCAGCCUGGUAGUCAGCAGCAAGCUAGUGGACAGUUGUUCACCCAGGCACCUUCGGGACAAUCUUCAGCAACUUAUAGUCAGUUUAACCAACAAAAUUUGAACAGCAGUGCACCGCCCCCACCACCUCCCCCACCCCCUUCUUCUUCUACUUACUAUCAAAACCAGCAGCCCUCUGGAAACUUUCAGAGUUAUAGUCAGUUAAAGGGUAGCAUACCCCAACAAACUGUUUUCUCUUCUGGACCAAAUCAAGCACUUCCUGGCACUACGGGCCAGCAAGCAGUUCCAGGACACCAUGUAACUGCAGGGCAUUUUUUGCCAUCUCAGAACCCCAGUAUUCAUCAUCAGGCUUCAGCAUCUGCUGUACCUCCUCCUCCUCCACCACCACCUGCUCCAGGACCUCAUCUUGUACAGCAGCAAAGUUCCCAUCAGCAGCAUUCUGUAGCACACGUAGUAGGUCCAGUUCAUGCCGUGGCAGUAGCCCCUGGAUCACACAUUCAUUCUCAAGCUGCUAGUCACCAUUUGCCACCACCACCUCCACCCCCAGGUCCUCUGCCCCACCAUCAACCUCCUCAUUCCACAACAGGACAUCAAGGUCUGCAAGCACAACACCAGCAUGUAGUAAAUUCAGCUCCUCCACCCCCGCCACCUCCACCUUCCAAUGUUUUAGGCUCUGGGCAUCACCCAGCAUCAGCACAAGGGAUACACCAUCCAUCACAUCAAGGACCCCCACAUUUUCCUUCAAGUGCUCAUUCAAGUGUAUCUUCCUAUUCAUCACAAGCCCCACAUCAUACAACCUUGGGACCUGGACCUCAACAUCAGCCUGCUGUAACAGGACCUCACUGUCCACUACCAGGUCAAGGUCCUCAUAUCCAACCUCAAGGACCAAACAGUAUUCCAACACCUACAGCUUCAGGGUUCUGUCCUCAUCCUGGCUCUGUAACCCUUCCUCAUGGUGUGCAAGGACCUCAGCAGGCAUCUCCAGUGCCUGGACAAAUUCCUAUUCACAGAGCACAGGUGCCACCAACUUUUCAAAAUAAUUACCAUGGUUCAGGGUGGCAUUAAAAUGGGACCCUUGCUCCUAAACAUUUUAAAAAUGUUCCUGUAAGAUAAACUGUGUAUAUUUCAUAUGUACCUGUUCAAGGUACUUUUUAAAGCUUGUACAUGAUACUUUGUAUAAAAGCAAACACCAGUGCUCUUUCAUUGUAUUCUUUCCAUUUUUUGCUUUUUUAAAAUUCCUGAAAAUGUGCUGUUCAGCCAGUAUUAGGUAUAUCUUUUUAUUUUGUAAGUGAACAUUCCAGCAGUUUUUUCUGGCAGUAGAUUUGAUGCUGCAUAAUCUUUAAAUUUUAUUGUUGCAGUUAAAUUCAUUUAGUGAAUGUUUUCUAUAUUACUUUUUAUACAUAUGUAAUUAAAUAAGUACACUGAUAAGAGAUGGCACGAAUAGGUUUUUCAUUUUCUUCUGUCGACAGUUCUUUGUGUGCAUAUAGCUAGAAAACAAUGCAAUACAGAUUUUUAUAGUUUGGCGUGGACAUGACUUUUGUUUCAUCAGUUAUUUACAGAAAUGUAAUUUAAUGUAUAGAUUGUUUCUAAUAUCUCCGACAACUGCUGUAAAUACUGUUUCUUUCUGCGUGUAAAAUUGCUUAAGGCUUCUUUCAUUUGAUAUAGUACUGUACAUAAUGACAAGUCUCUUUUGCAAAAAUGUGUGAUCUUUGUGGAAGUAGUACAGUAUAUGAUCUUUAAUUUUUUAAUAUACUGUCACAUUGCAGCACUGGUUGGGCAUUUUAAUUCAUGUUAAUAAAUCACAAUUAUGUCAGUUUUAA